CGCCACGCUCUGCACUCCGAUCCCUGAGGGAGGACUGCGGGGACCCUGGCCCCGGGAUAAGGAGCGGAUGCUGAGGGGGCAUCUGGCGAGUUGGGGGUGCAAGAUAGGACUGGAACUUAGGGUUCACAAGAGAUGGGGUGCCAGGGGACAGGGCGGUUUUUUGUGCUCCCCCCUCCAGUGUAUGGGAUGGGGAGGGCGGGGCAGGGGUCAGACACAGAGACAAAGAGAGACCCGAGGUGAAGAGCCAGCCAGCGCCUCAGCAAGUUUCCGCUGCUGAUUGUUCCCAGCUGUGUGGCAGGACUGCAGCAUCUGGAGGGGCCCCUCGGUCUGAGCCAGCGAGGGGGCUCCGGGUCCUGGCCCCCCAGAACCACAGAGGAACCGAGGGAAGGCCGAAGUUGUGGAAAGGGCCAGAGGUGGGGCAGAGCAGCCAUCCCGACUGUUCCGUGUCCCCUGGGAGCAAUUCAUUAUUCUCUUCUUCAUGCCAGAACUAACCAAUGAGCCCCAUUCCCAGCCAUAUGCCUGGGCCUGGGCGAGAGUGUGGGAGGAAGGCUCUGACAUACUGGCGGCCACUCAGUGCCUCUUCAGGCACAGGGACUCUGCUCAGCCUUCAGUCUGUUGGGACCUGGCGGCCCCCUUCCGUGAGGCUGCCCAGAGUUCAAAGAAUGGGAAUGUGGGGAGCCUGGAGCAGCGGUCACCACGGGAAGGAUAUGGGCCUCUGGCCUCCUAAGUGAGAUAUCUGAGAUGGGCAAGGUAGCAAGAAACCUCAGGGCUGGGGAAACUGAGGUUCUCUGUUUCUGCACUUCCCCUGUUCUCCCCCUUUCCUGGGAAAGGGGAGUAUCCUGCAUCAGAGUUGGGGUUCAAGCUGUGUGGAAGAACUUUCCAUGCUGGGGUCGGGAGUCCUCGGGAUGGAUGAGCCUGUGGGCUCACUGUCCACUGAGGAGGACUGGGCAUUGCCAGCCGACUCCAGCCAGCACUGAAGGCUGGACCCACUCAGGAGUUCCUGGGUAUUAGGAACUUUGUGCAAGGCAUGGACCAGUGCCGUCUCCAAAACUAUGCUCCAUUGUCAUGUCAAGGGUUCUGAACCAGGAGCCAAGUGACCUCACCUCUCCCCGUUAGCGUGCUGGGAGCCAGAGACACCCUCAUCUCCUCCCCAUGCUUCCUGCUGCUGCAGACAAACAGGCCUCAGUCUCGUGCGUGUGCGUCUGUAGUGAAAACAGCCAGGUCUUGGGAGGCCCGGACCUGGCAGGAGUUGGAGUUGGGAGCCCUGCCCAGCCCUGGCUGCUCUGGGGGCUCCUGGGGCCUGCAUGCAUGUGGUUUCCUGCUGAGCGGCAUGCUCAGGGCCCAGAGGCUAAUUGGGAGCAGGUGGCAGGCCUGGCAAAUGCUGCUGAGUUGGUGGCUGGCUGUGGUAUGGGCUGGGCAGGACUGGUACCCGGAGGAUGAGCCUGAGGUCGCUGGACUUCACAUGGCAUAUCAGAAGGUGAUGGGCCAGAGCCGCCACAGCCUCCUCACUCCAUGGCCAUGAGAGCUGCCUGCCUCUUCCUGCUGUUCAUGCCUGGCCUGCUGGCUCAGGGCCAAUAUGACCUGGAUCCGCUGCCCCCGUUCCCGGACCAUGUCCAGUACAACCACUAUGGAGAUCAGAUUGACAACGCAGACUACUAUGACUACCAAGAAGUGAGUCCUCGGCCCCCUGAAGAACAGUUCCAGUCCCAGCAGCAAGUCCCACAGGAAGUCAUCCCGGCCCCCACCCCGGAAUUGCCAGGUGCAGGGGAUCUGGAGACUGAGCCCACGGAGCCCGGGCCUCUUGACUGCCGGGAGGAGCAGUACCCCUGCACCCGCCUCUACUCUAUCCACAAGCCUUGCAAACAGUGUCUGAACGAGGUCUGCUUCUACAGCCUCCGCCGGGUGUAUGUCGUCAACAAGGAAAUAUGUGUCCGUACAGUCUGUGCCCAUGAGGAACUUCUCCGAGCUGACCUGUGCCGGGACAAGUUCUCCAAGUGUGGCGUGAUGGCCGUCAAUGGCCUGUGCCAAUCUGUGGCUGUCUCCUGUGCCAGGAGCUGUGGGGGCUGCUAGAGUGGAGCUGGUAUGGGAUCUGAGCCCUGGACGAAGCUCAGAUCCACCUCAGGCUCCGCCUGACCUGGUGCUUUCCCCAUCCUGCCCUCCCCUUCAUCCCGGGCAUCAGUGUACUGCUGUCCUGGAAGUGAUUGGAGCUGCCUCGGGCCCCUCCCCAGCCUGUGGCCAUCCCUGAAGUGGGGGCUCCUGACUGUCCGGUCUCCACCCACUAGUGGGGCUCAUGGAAGGCCCCAUGUGGAGCCUGGGGUUCUCAAUGUGCCUUCUCAGUGCCUUGGGGGUAGUCCUUCCUUCUCAGUCUCCUCAGGUAGGCUGUGCCCUCACCCAGCUGGUCUGCUUGGAUCUCCUACACUCCCAGGCAUGGACCAAGUCUGUUUUAUACAAAAUAAUAAAGUUUUUACAGAA